CCAGUAGUUGGAGUUUGGACAGUGGUACCAGAGAAGCCCUCCCCUUCCUCUCUGCCCACGUUGGCAGUGUCAUGGCGCCUCCUGUUCCCCCACGCAACCUGCCUCAUGGCCAACACCUGUCGAUGCACUUUGAUGCUUUCCACCACCAGGUCAGCGACCUCCCUCCAGCUCUCCCCGCGCGCUCCUUAAGAAAGUCUCCCCUGCACCCUAUACCUGCCUCGCCCACCAGUCCUCAGUCCAUCCUGGAUGGCAGUAACUCCACCUUGUCAGGCAGCGCCAGCUCUGGAGUCUCCUCCCUCAGUGAGAGCAACUUCGGGGGCCCAGCCUCCUCCUCCGACCCCCCGGCCAGCCGUACAGACACCCUGGAGUCCGUCCCCAGCAGCCAGGCCUGGACCACCGACCAAGAAGACCUCGACUCGCCUUACCAGCCCGUCAGGUACAGUGUCUCUGAGCCUGAAGUCCUGGACGGAGCGAAACCCCCACCCUGCCGCAGCUACUCCGCACCGGGAGGCGUCACCCCGGCUCAGGCCGGGGGCCAAAUCCAGCCCCAGGCACCAGGUUCAACCCCCACCGGAGCUCCACAACCACAACCACAACCACAGCAGCAGGACGGGCUGCCACACCCCCAGCACCACUACUACCACCACCACUUCCACCCACACUACAUCCCCCACCACCCGCCUCUUUACCAGCUCCACGAGCCUCCCCCCGCCCUGCCCCCCAAACCCUACCUCAGAGAGGGGUGUAUCCCUGAAGAGGACCCCCUUAACACCCAGUCUGCACCUCCACCGCCUCCUGCACCCCGGCCCAUGCCACGCAAGAUCUCCCAGCCCAUAAUCGCAGCAACCAAGGAUGAGCAAGCUAAAGUGGCGUGGGAGCACGGCAUCAGUGAGGAGUAGGACGGCGACUGAUGACCUGUAGAAACAAGCAGAAUAUGAACUCUUUUCAGAGGAGAGAAAGAAAGAGACAGAACUGAGGUUGUGUCCAAGGGAAGAAGCUGUAAAUGUGUGCACGGCAUCAGAGAGCUGACGUUUAUAGAGAACAUUAAGAAGAUGAACAGACACUUUUUGCCAUUUUUUAUGAAAGUAAUGAACUGUAAUGACUGUACAUUUUUUAAUCAGGGUACUGUUUUGUAUGCAUGUUCAUUCAAUGAAAGUUCCAACUUAAUCAGAGACUGUGAGCGAUGCACAAAGGUGAAUUACAGGAAGCACUGGAGGAAUGCUGUGCACUGAUGUCUUUAUAGUUUAGGAAACACAAACACUUCAGUCACCAAGGAUGUUAAAUCUGCCAGAUUUCAUCUGUGUGAUACGAGUGUAAAGUACUGUGAAGGAUAAUACUUUGUUUUUUGUUUUAAAAAUGUUGAACUUGUUACCACCAGCUCAGACUGUAAUCGUCCUGUAACCCACCUAACCACACGUCUCCUUUUUGUUUGAAAUGAAAAAAAAAAAGAAACUGAACUGUGAACAGCUGUUAGCUCAUCUGCUUUAACUUUGUAGCCACCGCUCCUUGUUUCUGUCACAACCAUUUGCAAAUGCUUGUUGUGUUUCACCUGAUGCUGGAUCAUAUUCUCACUAUAGCCAGACAAGAUAUUUUACAUGAUGAACUGAAACCUUUGUCAUAUGUACAUGUACAUGACUGUAACAAAGUACCUGUUAAAGGUACAGGAAACUCAGAAUCCUGGAUUUGUAACGUAAUGCAUUGUUAAAGGAGAAGGCUGGUGAUAUUCUGUUGGCGCUCACACUGUCCUGCUGCCGUAAAUACUCAAACACUCUGUUUCCUCCUGUUUGAGUAAUGUUUGCUAAAGAUACAGUGGCAAGCUGGUUUUGGAAAUUGAGCAGUUUAAAGAUGAAAUAAUAGGAACCAAUGGGAUUAGAGCUGCAAGCCACAGACAGAGAACACCAGCUUUAUCCUGCACACGUGUCAGUGGCUUUUCCAUCAGCAUUAAUAACAGUGAAGAGUGAAGAGUACUCUACUUAUUUAGUGUCGAUAGAUUCAGGUGUCUCAUGCUACCGUAGCGGUAGCUAAUGUUACCAGUGUAAAACUGGACUUUAAUUUUUCUCAAGUUUGUUUUUGUCCGUUUGGUUUUUACUUGAAUAUUAUUUUCAUCUCCUGGUUCCAUUGUUGGUUUUAAACAGAGCACUGCUCCUCGCUGUGUGUGUGUCAGCUCUGAUGUGUGACAGGAUGUGUCACUGUUGGAAAAGCCCAGAUGAUUAAUGACAUUAAUGGCGGCUGAGUUCCAUUCAUGUGUGUCAGUCCCGGGGUCCUACAUGUCUGCAUGCUGCCUCUCUGACCUGACUCAUUCAAUUGAAAGCAGCCAUCAUUAUCAUGUCAUUAGCCUCAGGUUUUUCCUGCUCUGACAAAAAGCUGCUUUGGUUUCUUGCAGGUUUAGAGCAGGAUGCUGUGACUCAGCAGCAGGUGAGUGUUUCCAAACUGACUAUUAGAAUGAUUUCUUUUUGUCCGUCCCUCUGGACACAGUGAUAGAGUUUGGAUAUUUUCAGGGUUGUUGAGGUGGAUUGAUUUGGUGUAGGAGACAGAUGUUUGGUGGGGUUCAGUUUGGGACUAAAGGAACCAUGUAUUGCCAGAAUGAUCUCUCUACAGUUCUGUGUUUGUUGUUGUAAUACUCAUUCCAGCCACAGUACUUUGAGUACUUUAUGUUUUGGAAGAACAGACUGCAGUACUAGUACUCACUGGUUUCCAGCUGUGGUGUCAUGCACUGACAGCCAUUUAAAAAUCACUUUGUGGAAGCUUCCUCUUGUUUCUAACAGUGAAAUCCGACCAAUCAGAUGCUAGAUAUUACAGACAGGUUUGAUUCAGAAUGUUAAUACUAAUGGAUGGGUUUGAAGUAGUUGCAGUUGUGUGGGGAAUCAGGACAGUUUGGUUCAUUUUGACCUUGUUUGACUUGAGAGAGAGAGAGCGGAGGACUUGUUUGGUGUGAUAUUAUGUUCCAGGCCAAUGGUCAGACAGAGUUAAAUAUAUUAAAUACACAGGCCUAAGUCCUCAUGUCUUCAGAAAACAAACAUUACAAUUAAGAUUAUGUUGAGAGAAUCAGAGCUCGUCAGUUGAGGAUAAACUAUGCAAACGUCCCUCACGAUCAGAUGCUUUUAACAUGAUGUCCAGCUGUUUGUUAAAGUUUUACUGAGGUGUUUGUGUGUGAGAGCAGGGACAUUUGCUAAAGGUUGGAACUUUAAAAAAAGUGACAAAAGCAAAGAGUCGAGACGCUUGACGUUGUAUCCAGUCUGUGAAACAGUCUGAAAAGAUUUUUGUGUCUUAGCGAUGCACAGGUUACACUGGCAGUGAGCAUGAUGUGACACUGAAACCACUGAACACCAUUCGCUUUUUUAAAUUGAGUUUUUUUGCUUUGUGUAAACGCUGCAGCUGAAAGGAGGAAUGUGAAGGGAGAGUCGAUGCUCAGUGCACAGAGGAGACGCGAUGAUUUCUGUGUACAUAAACAAGGAGAGUGUAUUUAUACUGAUCAUAAAGGGCAAACCUUGUACACAUGUAGACUGUGAUUGUCUUGCCUUGUACUUUCUGAUGUAAAACCGUUUUUAAACCUAGACAACAGCAAACAAUACGAGUUCCUUUUGUCUAAUUAUUCAGAUUAUUUCAGGGCAGCUGAGGGAGGUUUAUUAUUAUUUUGUGUAUUUUGCAUCAACGACAAAUCCAGACAGUGAGUUACUAUGAUGGUAUUCCUUUGUACAAUGAUGCUAAUAAGUAUUUCUUGUAUAUAAAAGUCUUUAUUGUGUUAGCAUGGGUAUAAACUGUGACGUGUAUGACAGUAGAUGUAAAUACUCACGUUUUUUUUCCUACUCACUAAACAAACUGCUGUGUUGUGGAUUCAUGAUUAAUGACAAACAUUAAACAAUAAUGUUUUAUUGACACA